AUGGUGUCUGCAUUAUUAGGGAUCACCUACGAAGUGAGAGAUGAAAAACGUAGCCGUUCCGAUUGUUGGCGAAUAUUUCGUUUGCCAGCAAAAAUAAUCGGUCCGAGUAAAUUUGAAGUAAUUGAGAAGUUUGCAUCUUAUAAAAGUUGUUUUCAAACGUACGCAUAUUCAGCGACAACAAGCACAUUCUCGAAUCAUAACUGUCCUAUGAAGCCCGUUAAAAGUCAACGAAAACUUCAUACAGUUUCAACGCCACUAUCUCAUUUACAGUCACUAUUAUCCUUGUCACCAUCGUUAAAUAAAUUAGUUGAGAAGCAAAAACAUUUAAUGACCACAGCUUUGGCUGAUUGGAUCUGUUCAAAUACUAGACCAUUAAGUAUAGUAGAAAACAUCGGGUUACAAAACAUCAUAAAUUACAGUGUUCAAACAGGAUAUUUGUGUGGUCCAGUGUUAGCUACAUCGGUAUUACCAUGUCGAAAAACCGUUUCAAAAGAAAUCAAACAAACAGCAGCCACACAGUGGCUUGAAAUAAAAGAGAUUUUGAUUGGUGCCGCGAGUGGGAGACGAUUAGCUCUAUCACCUGAUAUAUGGUUACCAAGGAAGACAACAUUUCACCAAGUUGAAACAAAUAAAGCUAAAAAGAAAGCAACGUUAUCUCUUGAUCCUGUGUCAUCCGAUGAAAACGAAGAAAUGAGUGAAGAUAAUGAUGACCAAAUGGAGGAAGAGCAUGAUAUUCGAUUAGAUUUAACUCAGAAUACGAUACAAGCAAUAAGAAAUUGUGUCGCAUCGACGUCAAAACAAAACUAUUCGCCUGGUACAUUAGUUCAGUUACCAGCCGAAGCAAAACGUGUUUUGUUAACAAUUAUGAACUGUAAAGAAUUAGUUAAAUACGUUAAAAAGAUUAAUCUGAACCAAGAUCUUGAAGCUCGGGAUACAGUUGCUUUAUUGCAAAGUACAAUAGUUCGUUGGUUAUCAUUAUCAAAUUGCCUUGAAAGCGUAUCAAAGUCAUUUAAAGUACUUAGUGCUAUAUUUGAUGAACGACACUUAGAUAAAAAACGUUUGGAAAGAAUAACAAUAUCAAUAUUAGAAAAAGUUAUUGAAUUUUUAAAAUCAUGGAAACAUAUAAUGACAAAAAUACAAUCAUCAUCGAUUCUAUCUAUUCAUACAUUUACGCCGCGUAUCGACGUGCUAAACAGCGCACUUGAAGAUUCACCAAACAACACUAAACCACUAGAAAAAGGUAAAAGAAACUUGUUAGAGUAG